AUGCCACUCGUCGGAUUCGGACGGCUCAUACAAGGCCGACUGUUCCCACCUGCCAACCCAACAGCCUCGCUUGAAGGGAAAACAGUCCUCCUCACCGGCGGUACAUCUGGCCUGGGACUCGAAGCAGCCAUAAAAUAUAUAAAUUUGGGAGUUUCUUCGUUGAUAAUUGCCUGCCGUAGCAUUGAACGGGGCAAUGAAGCGAAAAAAGUUAUUGAACAACGUGCAAAACAUGCGAGCAGCUCCGCCAGUUUUGACAUUCAAAUAUGGCCCCUGGACAUGGCCAGCUAUCAAAGCGUGACAUCUUUUGCGCAGAAAAUCAACGAUGAAGUCCCACGACUUGAUAUAGCACUGUUGAAUGCUGGAGUCAUGCAUAGGAAAUAUACCCUGACACCAGACGGAUGGGAAGAGACGCUUCAAGUCAACGCACUUUCAACCGCACUGCUGGGGCUACUGUUACUCCCAAAGCUAAGAGAUAGCCGUGAUACCGCAACGGGAGCCCCCGCUCAUCUUACUUUUGUGUCAAGCGGAUCUUACAGACAUGCAAAGGCAGGGGAGCUACAGCCUGAUGGAGUGAACAGCAUCCUUCAACACUUGAAUAGCGAGGAAAGCUUCCGUGCGCACUCUCAGUACCGAUUAUCGAAGGUCCUUGUCGAAUACACCGCAAAAAGCAUUGCUGCUUUAACCCGCUGCGAUGAUGGCUCACUGGGAGUCAUCGUCAACUCUGCCUGUCCGGGGUUCUGUCGUUCCCGCUUAGGUCGCGAGUACGACGCAUGGCACGAGAGGAUGUUCGUUGCUGUGUUUGAACUCAUCUUUGGCCGUACGUCAGAGCAAGGUAGCAGGACCCUUGUGAGCGCUACCAUGCUCGGCGAGGAGUCCCAUGGAAAAUGGUGGAGAAGUGACCAAUAUCCAGAGUAA